AUGCAGGCGGACCAGCAGCUGCCUGCUGCAGCAGGGCCGCCUGCUGCAAUCGCAGCGCCGGGUGCAGCAGCAGCAGCAGCAGCAGCAGCAGCUCCUGCUUUAGGAGGGGCAGGAGGGGUACUGCCCGUAGCUGGGGCAGCGCUGCCUGCAGCAGCAGCAGCAGCACCAGCAGCAGCAGUAAUGAUGCCAGGGAUGCAGCCGACGGAGCUGCCUGCUGCCUCACAAGAUGCAGCAGCAACAGCAGCAGCAGCAGCUGCUGCUGCUCAAAGAGCUGCUGCACUGCCUAGCCGGCUCUCGCAGCUUUUCCCAGCAGCAGCAGCAACGCUGCAGCACUUUGUAAUGAACGUUGAUCGUUUUGCUGAGGGCCCCGGCAGCAGCAGCAGCAGCAGCAGCAGCAGCAGCAGCGUCAGCUGCAUGAGCGUCAGCAGCAACGGCAGUGCAGCAACUGAGGAAGUGUCAGAGCGGCUAGCAGCAGCUCGCCGCUGCGCAGUGGCGCUGCAGCAGAUAACAGCAGCAGACGGAGCAGCAGCAGCAGCAGCAGCAGCAGCAGCAGCAGCGGGAACUGCAGCAGGUGAGGGCGUGGGGAGCUUCGGCUACGAAAACGCAGCAGCAGCAGCAGCAGCAGAAGCAGCUGCGCUGCUGCUGCCUGCCGUGCUGCAGCUGCUGCAGCGCGUACAGAUCGGGCAGCAGGAAGGGGAGCCGCAUGCGCUGCGGCAGCAGCUGCUGCUGCUGCUGCGGGCCUUAGCUGUUCCUGCUGCUGCUCCCCUCGUUCUAUCGCCGCAGCAGCUUGCUGUUUUGACGCAGCAGCAGCAGCAGCAGCUGCUGGACAACCACGCAAUGCUGCUGCCGAUAUAUGAGAAGUUGAUUGAGGCGAUAGAGCGCCAAGUGGAGACUUACAAACAAACUGGGGUGCUGCCAAAGCCAGGGGAGCUGCCGCUAGGGAGCGUGAAGAGAGAAUACGGGCAGCUAACCCCCGCGCAGCUUUCUGUGCGGGUUGGGGGAGACGCGGCUUACUGCAUCAUAGCGCUAAACACUAAACUCAAAACCCUCAAAGUGUUUGAAAUGCCCCAAAACGCGGUUUGUCUGGACUUGCUGCUGCGCUUCGUCGGCCUGGAGCUGCCGCCGGCCUUCUUGGCGGACCCAGCGACGGCCGAAGCCAGCAAAGAUUUGUUUCAGGCACAGAGCCGCAUUCUGUUGUUUAUUUGCUACCUGCUGAAGAACAGCGCCUCUGCCGACAGCAGCAGCAGCAGCAGCAGCAGCAGCAGCAGCGGGACGCUGGAAGCAUUUACUGCAAAAGCCCUGCAGCAGCUGCCGCAGGUGCACGAGGCAGCAAAACUACUUGCUGCUUCUCCUUUUGUGGGUUCGCUAACUCCCGUGGUGGAGCGGCUGAUGUCUCUUGAGCUUUCAGUCUUCACGGAAAGAAUUGACUCCUGUCUCCUCAGGGUUUACACGAUAUGUCACCUGCAUGACUUUUUGUUGAUUUUCCCUUCCCCCAUUUGCGUCUCUUUAUCUUUGCUGCUGCGCGUGGCGCGCUGGAGCGGUUUGCUGCUGCUGCAGUCUCGGCCGCACUUGUCUGCAGCAGCAGCAGCAGCAGCGACAGCAGCAGCAGCAGCAGCUUUGAAGUCGUUUGAGGGCGGGAGCGGCGGCUCUUUCGACGCCGCAGCAGCAGCAGCAGCAGCAGCAGCAACUGCAGCAGCAGCAGCAGCAGAUGUCGAAAAGAGCGGGGGCCUCGGCGGAGCAGCAGCAACAGGGGGGGGCCUCUUAGCUGUUUUGAGUAUAAGACAUUUAGUGGCAAAGUUGCUGAAUUUCGUUUGUGACCUUGCUGUUAAUAAGUACACAGAUGCUGCUGCUGCUGCUGCAGAGGAUGCUGCAGCAGAGCCAGCAGCACGCGCAGAAAGCGACCUCUCAGCAGCUGCUGAUGCAGCAGCAGCAGCAGGGGCAGCAGCAGGAGCAGCAGCAGCAGACGCUGCAGCCGGUGAUGCAGCAGCAGCAGCAGCAGCGCAAGGAAGAGCCCCAGGAGAGAUGGACUCGGGCGUGGCAGUGGGUGAUGCAGCUGUUGGUGCAGCAGCAAAUGGCAGCAGCAGCAGCAGGCGCAGCAGCAGCAGCAGCAGCAAGGAGGCCGUUCAGCGCAUGCAGCAGGAGACAAUGGACUUGCUGCUGCUGGCGCUGCGCAUUUUGUGUUCUUCUCUUAUUGAGCUGCAGGAAGAGAUUCCACACAUGCAUGCAGCUGCAUGCAGCGAAGGGCUCGAGGAGUCUGAUAGCAGCAGCAGCACCAGCAGCAGCACCAGCAGCAGCAUGAGCAGCAGCAGCAGCAGCAGCAGCAGAGCCGUGCACUUUUACCCUCCAGCGGUGCCUUUGCCGGGGGCAGUGGGCUCUUCAGGGGGCCCAGCAGGCGCAGCAGCAGCAGCAGCUGCUGCUGCUGCUGCUAAGCCGCUGUCGCCGCAGCAGCAGCAAGUGUAUCAGUCAUUUCUAAGAGAGACAAAAAGCUUUUUGCGCAGCACUUGCAUCGCGCUGCGGUGUUUGGUUUAUCAAAUAGUGGUGCUGCCGCUGCAGCAGCAGCAGCGGCGGCUGCAGCAGCAGCAGCAGCAGCAGCAGGGCAGGGCCUCGUCCGUAGCAGCUUCAGCAGCCUCAGCUGGCAGCAGCAACAACAGCAGCAGCAGCAGCAGCAGCAGAAGAGCUUCUUUUGAUGUGCGGCUGCUGCCCCAGGGACAAAUGCUGCCUCCUGGCUACAGGGCGCUGCUGACUGAGGCCUUUUACGCAACUGUGGGAAGCGCCUUAACCUACGCCAAAUGUUUUGCCUACGCCGCCACCACAAGGCUUCAGCACCAUGUAGAAGAGGGCGGCAUCGGCUGCACCUUGAUUGCGUUGCCUCCAACUUACCCGCUGACAGGGGCACUCUUCAAGGGCAUUCCGGAGGCGGUGGAGGUGUUGGGGCUGAACGUGGCGCAGGUGGAGGAAAAGGAACUUCUGGAGUUGGCCUCUUCAGCUUUGGCUUUUUUGCAUCCUGCAGACACAGCAGGUUUUGCUGCUGAAAAUGCUGCUGCGCUGCAGCAGCUAGUUGUCACUUACCCGCAGUGCGUUGCGCUGCUGCAGUUCUUCCUGGGCCACCAGCACACCAGCAAGACCUUUGCGUGGGCCUUUCUGGAAUACUUAACCCCUCGGCUUUCUUUGCUGCGGGAGCGGCGUGCUGCGCUGCUGCCGCCGAUGCUGCCGCAGCGCAACAAGUUCAUUCCUUGCAUGCGCAGUGUCAGCAGCAGCAGCAGCAGCAGCAGCAGCAGCAGCAGCAGCGGCAACAGCCAGAGCGAUGAAGUCCUCCUCGAGGUGUACAGACAGUUCGAUGGAUCUUCUCAACUCUCUUCUCAAGCUCAAACAAGCGACUUGCUUAUGCUGCCUUUAGAAAUGCAGGUCCCCAUAGCAGGCCAAGGGGUUUUGUGUUUAAUGCCAUUUCCCCACAUAUCAGCGCAGCUUGUGGGGCCCUCGCAGGCCCCCGAUGCUGCUGCUACUUGUUCGCGGCACGCGUGGCAGCGUCUGUGCGCAGCACGUUCUGCUGCUGCUGCUGCUGCUGCUGCUGCAGUGGGCGGCGCGGCCUGCGCCUGCAGCAGCACCAGCAGCAGCACCUGCUGCUGCAGCAACACGGGGGGGAGGCCUCAAAGGCAACUCGGACUUUCGAAGCAGCUGCUUUUUGCGGUGGACAUUUUCGACAAGCCAGAUGCAGUGGCAGCAGAAGAAGCCUACAAGGCCAGCGCAAGCCCUAAACCCUAA